AUGGUUAAUUCAUAUACAUUUUUUUUAUUAGUUCUUAUAGCUUUUAUUUCUACCAUAAAAUCUGCUGUAAGUAUAUCAUGUUACCAAUGCAACAGUACCGACAUAGAAAAUCAAUUUCGUUGUACAGAGUUCAUGGAUACAUACGGCCUGGAACCCAAACCCUGUACAAGUGUUUACAAUGCCGCUUAUUGUGUGAAACUGGUAGGCCGCUACGAAGGAGGACUUGGAGUUACACGUUACUGUUCAUCUCAUAAUUUAGGAAAUUACUGCAACUAUGUUCGCCGGCCAGGUGAUGUAUUAGAAUAUCGAACAUGUGUUUAUACUUGUGAUUCUGAUGGCUGUAAUAGUUCCAGCCAAGUAAAGUUAUUUGCAUAUUUGAUAUGUUUAUCUUUUUUGCCUUGGUUUAGAAAUCUAUUAUCUUAG